AUGUCUCAUCAUGACAAUUUCAGUGCACCAAUGCCAUGGAUUGGGAGGUAUAUUGUAGCAGCAUCUUUGAUUUGCAUACUUGCAAUGUUAGCAGAUGCAGAACAAGGAAUUAGAAGGCGAAAAUUCUGGAUUCCAUGCAGAUUUUUCACUUUUAAUGCUGCUUCAUUGACAUUGUUAGGGGUUGUAGUUAAGUUGCCACUUGAUCUAAACAAUCCCAUGCCAGGGAAAAUUGAUCAAAUGGCUAAACUUAGCAGUGUUGUCUUUAUGUCUACAGCAAUGGCUAACUUUAUGCCAUCGCUCGCGCUGAUGGAUAACAAGGACAUCCUCAUGGGCAUGACAGCAUUGGGUAUUCUUGUGAUCACCCUUGUUGUGAAUGUCUGCAUUGAAUUAGGCACUGGUAUUAUCUACUCAGAGAAAACAGAACAUAUUGUUGUUAUGCUUUCUAUGGUUGUUCUAUUUGUGAUCAUGUGCUUCUCCGCGCUCACAGUUCCAACUAUUAAAAGUUAUUUGGAACUGGAGUACAGAGAAAGAAGCAACAUGAUUGAAAUUGAUAAUCUAGUAGAAGGUGAAAAACCGGUUGAAGUGAAACUGAAAGAAAAUUUGAGUAAAUUUUUCGUCAUGGCAAAAACAGGAAAUCCUCAGUUUGUGAUGGCGCGUUCUGCUACUUGUGCUGCUUGUUGCGCUAUCUGCUGUCUGAAUUGUCUGCUGUUACUGGAAGUGUCAUUCCGUGACAACUUAUUUGAUGCACAUGUGCUGUCCAUGUCUGAUUACAGAAGAUCAACAUAUUGCAUUGCGAGGAUUCAAUCUGCUGGAGUGGCAGUAGGCACAUUGUCCUCACUCAUCAGAUGGUUUGCGAUUGCUACAAUUAAGUCGUCAAGAAAAAGCAUAUGCAUUAAAGUAGAAAAGCAUUGGCUUGAGAGACUUAAAGAUUGGAAAGAUAGUCCCUUUGCCCCGGAAAUCAAGAAUCCAAAAUGCAGAAAGUUAGUCCAGCAGAUACAUAUUAUAAUCUUGCUAAAUUGUAUAAGAGUACAGAUACUAAUUGUUGUAGCUAGCAAGAUAGUGCAAAUAUUCCCUAUUCUCCUCCUAAGUUUUCUACGUUUCUGCUUUUAUUCUUCCUCACAGUGCAACAACAUAAUCAAUUCUGAAUCAGAAUCAGCAGAGAGUCUGGAGGAAGACAUUAGUCGAUAUGUUUUACAUCUGGAAGGCGAAGAGGAACUGACUCAGGUGACGGCGAACAAGAGGGAUGACACCACCUGCAUGAUGGAAAUUGGUAGAAAACAGAAGCCAGAACAUCUCAUUAAGCUUUUGCAGAAACUGACUGAUUUUAGAGGAGUCAGUAAGUUUGACAUCAACCAAUUUCAAGAGCUACAUAUUGGUUGGAAAAUGUGUAUAGUAACUUUAACAACAAUUGCCACAACAAUACCUAACAUUGAUCACAAAAUGGCGGACAGUCUCUUGCUUAGUGUCAAGGUCUCAAGUAUGUCAGCCUCGUUGAACAUGUCCUUGGAACCAAAGAAAACUCGGAGAAAAAUAAACAAGCAGCAGAGGUAG